CAACAAAACAACCACGUCUCACAUUGCUGAGUUUCAACAAAGCUAACCAACCAAGGCAUGGGUUGUAGACUCUUGUUGCUCAUCUUUUUGGCAAUGGCCACAAGGAGAGCCAAGUGUAGCGACCCAGAUCCUCUCCAGGACUUCUGCAUUGCGGACACUGCGAAUCCUUAUGGCCUCUUCCUCAACGGACAGCCCUGUAUCAACCCAGCACGUGCAGAGCCUUCCCAUUUCAAGACAUCGGCACUAGCAUCACCUGGCAACACUCGAGCCAAUCCGUUUGGCUUCAAUGUUACGCUAACGAGCACAAAGAACCUUCCAGGAUGUCAUACACAGAGCCUAGCACUAGCCCGCAUCGACAUAGAUGUAGGGGGGACGGUCCCUCCUCAUGCACAUCCUCGUGCCUCAGAGGUCACAUUCAUUGUGCGUGGGGUGUUGCUCGUUGGGUUUGUGGACACGUCCAACCGCCUGUACACACAGCAGCUGUUGCCUGGAGAUACAUUUAUGUUCCCUAGGGCCUUGGUCCAUUUCCUCUAUAACAUUGGCUCGACGCCAGCCCUGGCGAUCUCAGGACUCAGUAGUCAGAAUCCGGGGGCACAGCUAUCUUCUCUGGCUACAUUCACAACGAAGCCAGCGAUGCCGGAUGAGGUGCUAAAGAAAGCGUUUCAGAUCACUGGACAGGAUGUCCAGAGGAUGAGGAAGAACCUAGGUGGAUAACGAUCAUGGCAUAAGCUACUGCCGAUAUUCAUAGAAGUUAGGUAUUGAGAUCAACAAAUAAUUUACUCUCUCUUAAGAGAUAAAAUUAGAGGGACCUAUGGAUUUACUACUUUUGUGGAAACUGUUGUUACGUUUGAAAUUCAAUUAAAUUGAAGUGAUGUUUAUAAUA